GAUCGCAAGUAUUUGUGAACCGCGGUGCUCCCUUAUCACUGAAAUUGUGCGACGUCACGGCAGGCGAGGUGUGCUGAUCGCGAGCGUUCUGUGCUGAUUUUGCUGUUGCCUACGCCAAGGACUAGAAGGCGAGGAUGUCUGUAAUACGUAACUUGGCAACGGCCUCCCGCCGUCUGUUGGCCACUAGCCGACUCCGACCACCCACCACCACCACCCCUGGUGGGGCCAUCCUCGUUCAGUGUCGCUCAAUGCAGCACUAUCCGAUCGACGAGAACCUUUUCGGAUUGACCGAGGAACAACAGCAGCUACGCCAAACCGUGUUCAACUUUGCGCAGAAAGAGCUCGCACCGUUCGCUCAGGAAAUCGAUAAGCAGAAUGAGUUCAAGGAACUUCGCAGCUUCUGGCGCAAGCUAGGCGAUCUCGGUGUGCUGGGUGUAACGGUGAAGCCCGAUUACGGUGGACUCGGCGGUUCCUACCUCGAUCACUGUAUCGUGAACGAAGAAAUUUCUCGUGCUUCCGGCUCGAUCGCGCUGUCCUAUGGUGCCCAUUCGAAUCUGUGUGUCAACCAGAUACACCGUCACGGAACUGAGGAGCAAAAGCAACGUUAUCUACCCAAGCUAUGCAAUGGUGAGCAUAUCGGGGCACUGGCCAUGUCCGAGGCCGGCUCGGGCAGUGACGUGGUAUCGAUGAAGCUGCGUGCCGAUAAGCAGGGCGAUUACUACGUACUGAACGGGAACAAGUUUUGGAUUACGAACGGUUCCGUCGCGGACACGUACGUAAUUUACGCGAAAACGGACGCUAGCGCCAAACCACAGCAUGGCAUUACGGCGUUCAUCGUGGAACGUGGAACGGCCGGAUUCACGCAGGGACCCAAGCUUGACAAACUGGGCAUCCGGGGCAGCCCGACCAGUGAGCUCAUCUUUGAGGAUGUGAAGGUGCCGGUCGGGAACGUGCUUGGUGGACUGAACAAGGGUGUCUACGUGCUGAUGUCGGGAUUGGAUCUGGAACGGUUGGUGUUAGCGGCCGGACCGGUCGGUCUGAUGCAGGCCGCCUGUGACGUGGCGUUCGAGUAUGCGCACGUGCGCAAGCAGUUCAAUACGCGCAUCGGCGAGUUUCAGCUGCUGCAGGGCAAGAUGGCAGACAUGUACACGACGAUGAAUGCUUGCCGAGCGUACCUGUACUCUGUGGCUCGUGCUUGCGAUGCGGGUCACGCGAAUCCCAAGGAUUGCGCCGGGGUCAUACUGUACUGUGCCGAGAAGGCAACGCAGAUAGCGCUCGAUGCGAUCCAGAUCCUUGGUGGCAAUGGGUACAUCAACGAUUACCCCACCGGCCGUAUCAUGCGUGACUGCAAGCUGUACGAGAUCGGUGCCGGAACGUCGGAAAUCCGACGAAUGCUGAUCGGACGCGCACUCAACAAGGAAUACCAGUAACGCCUAGAACCGUCUGCCAUCAUGCCAAGCCAGGUGCCGUGUUCGUAUAAUGUCUACAAACUGUGAGCAAAGUGCAUUUAAUAGGUUUUAAAUCAAGUACCGUUUUCUGAAAACGAUUUCCGAGGGAAACAAAACUCUAAACGCCGAUGGCCGUACGGAGCGGUUCUAGCUUUACGCUGCCGUAAGCGUAUGGGUAAGCCAUCGUUUCUGGAUACCUGUAGGGACGGUUUGCAAUGGAAAAUAAAACAUUCCUCUGUUUUAAA